AUGACUGUUCAUUCGUGCCAUGUUGAGGAUGGUUCUGGAACGACCUUCACCAUUUUGGAUGACAAAGGAUGCUCCAUCGACCGAUAUCUUCUGGACAAUCUCGAAUAUGGCCCCGGUCCGCUACGAGCACAGAAGGAGGCACAUGCGUUUAAAUUUGCCGAUAAGGUCGUGGUGAACUUCCAAUGCAGCGUGCGUCUCGAUCUACGAGGCGAUACUGAGUGUGCGAUCCCCACAUGUGAAGAUCCUAUCAGACGGUUACGACCGCGAUCAGCCGGAUUCAUUCACGAGAUCCCGCUUCUGGAUGCCAAUGGCAGCGUUGAGGUGGACGUCCGCGCUCAGCAGAUUGAUGUGCUGGACCCGCAGAUUGACUUUGGUUUCGACGCCGACGAAAGACGUAUCGCAUCGGUCCUGCAACGAUUACGAGGCGGUCAAGAUUGUAUUGCCAAACACCACCUGGUCCUCCCAGCGGCCACUGUUCUUUCCUUGAUCGUUUCCCUCAUCGGUGUGAUCUUUGUCCUGCUCAAGCGAUCUUAUACCCCAAGAGCAUGA